UUGGUCGAGAACCUAGACGCGAACUCUAUGUGUCAAAACAAGCCAUAGUAAAAAAGCACCCAUUCUUCUGUAGAUCUCUAUUUCUGUAGUGUUUUACACCAGAGUCGCUUUUACCUUAAAUUUUGGAAUAUGGGCAAAUGUGCGUUUUGUGGGAAAAGUAAGAAACAAACUGCCACUUUACACAGAUUUCCACGGGAAGAAACCUUGUAUCAACAAUGGAUGAAACUUAUAGGCCGGGAAGGUUGGAUGCCCACCCGAAGCCUGUUGUGUUCCGAUCACUUCAGAGCAGAAGAUUUCUCUUGGUAUAACGAUAGUCGAACCAAAAAACGUUUGAAGCCGGGAAUACUGCCCACGAUUUUCCCCAAAAUUAAGUCUAAACCGUCAGCAGAACUGUUGGUAAUGAAUAAUUUCACAGUCCACUGUCGGGGGUUGCCUUCAAAAAGCUUUGGACUGAAUUCGGGGAGAUCGAAACGUAAAUUGUCAGGGCCACCUGAACCGUUUCCAAUUGAAACACAUACUGUUGCGCAAUAUACUUGACUAGGUACUCGCGGAUUUCGGCCCUGCCGAGACAACUCUCACAACCGCUCUCGCCCCACUGCCCUGAGAAACUACGGUGGAGAGCCAGCAGUUCUAAGAAGGUCGAAAACGGGGGGACUGAAAGCGAGAGUUUGGUGCAUUUUAAAGUCAGCUUUAUGUUCAUUUUUACUAAUUCGCACUUAUUUUUGUUUCUACUCCCCUCAGACGAUUAUUCUGGAGUCUCAUGUAAUAGAAAUUGUCGAACCGACUAUCAAACUUGAACGCGAUUAUUGUGUGAAAAAUGAGAAGAGUGUACUUGAAUAUUCUUAUCAAUUUGAAGAUAUCGAUAGUUCAACAUAAUUAAAUAAUUUUAUACAAUAUUAUAAAUAAUAAGCAUACAAAAUACAGUAUAAAAAUAUAUUAUUAUAUGAUUGCUUCUCAUAAAAUACAUUUUCA